ACAGAUCGCCACAGCGGGGUCAACGAAAGGAUGCCCGAGCCCCUGUGCCUGACCAACAGAUGAGGUUUGAAACCUCACGGUACCCAGUCGAUAGAUAUUUGGUUGAAAACUCCAAAACGGUUGAAAUGGUUAACAUCAUAGAUGAUGAGAUUUGGAAUUCUGAGCCAGUAAUGAGACCUGAAGAUGAAAUAAUUCUGAAGAAACUUCACGAUAUGUUGCAGUCUACCGCAGAUGAUCUCAAAGUCCUUUCUGGAGAACUGUCUAAAAUAAAUCAACCAGGUGUGAAAGUCAAAUCACAACCAGCGCCACUGGAUGAAGAAUUUAAUGAAAAAGUUCAUAUUGAAGAAAUUGUAAAUGCAAAGUUUCACGGACAUAAAAUCGUUGAAAAACCGUUGCCAUUUUUACCUGAGUUUAAACCAAACAAAGAUGUAGUUAUUGAUAUGCUAGGUAGUAAAAAUCAAAACCAUGAGGCUAUAAACAAACAUUUGCAAACAAAUUCAACACCGUCAAAUAAAACAAAAAUAAAUAAAAACUUGAAAAUGACUCGUCUUAAAGCUGUUCAUAUCAACGAAUACAAUAAUAUAUCUAAUAAUGUGAAGAUAAAAAAAAUACCUACUGUAUCUUACGACGAGAUGAUUCACAAAAACAUGGAAGAACACCAAAAGGAAGAGAAUACAAAGGAAAAACAGUUACAAAUACAAAUAAUGCCAAGUAUAAAUAUAAGGAGUGAAAUGAAAGAGCAGAGAGUUUUUCAGUUAGAUAUUUUACCUGAAACUAUCGAAAAACCAAAAACUAACACAAAGGAUAUAAACAAUAUUGGUGUAAUCGAGAUCAUGUAUUCGCAAAUACCACAUGAAACUGUACAAAAUAAAACCACCGUCGUCACUUCUAAAAAUCAUCAAAAUUCAACACAGCUUGUUAAUAACUCGAAAUUUAAGAGUAAUAGGAAAAUUUAUAAGAUGUCUACAUACGAAAGUAGUGAAUCGACUAACAAUUUAAGUUCAGAUGCCCAUCAAAAAAUCCAUAUUAAGAAACAAAUCAAACUUUCAAGAAAACCUUCUCCAAAACAGACAGGGAGUGCAAAUAUACAAAAUAAAAAGAAUGUUGUCAAUAAACGAUCACACUUAAAUUUAGACGAAUGGAAAAAGAAGUUAAAUUCAAUUUAUGGCCAGCCCUCAAGUUCUCGUAGUAGGGGCACGACAUUAAAAUCUAGGAAAUUUUCUCCAAAAAAGUCAAAUAUUUUGAAAUCUAAUUCAAAGUCAAGUACACUUAAUAAUGGGGAAUAUAUACCAUAUAAUAAAUUAACAUUGGGAGGAGUUAGAGUAAGUGAUAUAGAACGUGAAAUAAGUGAAAUUUCUAACAAAAAUGACUUACCACUAAGUCCAAUACUAGAUAAAAUACUGAGCAGUAGAGAAAAUUCAUUCCAUAUAGAUAGCCCUAAAAAAAGAAAGAACAAACAUACGCCAAAAAUUCUUAGCACAUCCGACGAAAACUUACUUCAAGAAGUUAUGGAUAUUGAAAAGACAGUAAGCGAGACACUAUCUAAAGAUUUUAAACAUACCAUGAAAAACACUAAUUUAAACCAUCAGAAUGGAAACUUGGAUAAUGACGACAGCAAUGACAGCUAUGCAGAUGACUUCGAAGAUGAAAAGUCUGAAGGAACAGCGUCUUCAAAACAUGACCAAGAUCUAGGAAGUGAUAAUUCAGAUGUUUUUAUCGAACAAAAUAAUGAAGCCAAUGAUAAUAAAAUAAUCCGUGGUGAAUUAUCCAAUACACACACUCAAGAAGAAAAUUUGAAAAACAUGACGUUCACGAAAGAUUCCAACUUAUCCUUUAAAGACUCUGUAGACAUUUUUGAAUAUAUACAUUCAGUUGACACUCAAGAAAUGGGAACGCAAAGUAAUUCUGCUAGUAAAAUAUCUCGUAAAGAAACUCAGACUUCUCCUAGAAACGGAAAUAUGAACAUCGAACCUAUUUGCAAUGACUUGAUAUCGUCGAUCGACCCUAGAGGAGAAAUUGAAAGUUUAUUUCAGUUAGAAAAGGAGUUUAUUAAAAAGUUAAUUAUAGAUGAAUAUGGCCAAAUAAUAGAAAAUAACAUUAUGAAACCUUCUUCUUCCAAAAAGAAAGACGAUGAAGAUAUGAAAAAUAAUGUGGCGGCGUUUCAGAAAAAUACCCAAACCUCGCCAGCUCGAGUAAAAAAUGCAAUGACGUCGCCGACUAAGACAAAGACUAGAACAACGUCUCCUUUCUCGCUCUCACUCACUGUUGAUCGGCAGACAAGCCCGAUAUUGUUGACCAAUAACGAAGAGUUAAAAAUAAUAAUUGACAAUGAACCUGAUGAUCUCGGAAUUUCAAUUAAUCUAUCUUCACCACGUUUUAGUUUACGUUUGCCACAGAACUCUCGUGAGGUACUUUCAAAUUUAGACAACUACAGUGGAAUUGGGAACUCAAAAUCUAUAAUAGAUCUUGGAAACGUCAGUAAGGCAAAACAACAGUCUAGGAAUGCUGGCAGCAGCUCGAGCUCGGUAGACGCUGAUAACUCUUCAUCAGAAAUUAGUAGUUUAGGAGAAGUUAAACUAAAAUUGAAAAGAAAAUUCCGAAAGACUCAGAUCCUAUCUUUAUCAGAGACCAGUUCUGCGUCAAUUGUCUCCCAAACUAGUUCUGAUGUAAUAUCUGGAGAAAUAUUACCAUUGAAAAGUGAAGGAGAAUUGAGUUUAGGUCAAACAAAUAAAAAAUCAAGUAAGAAUAGACACAAAAACAGUGAAGGUGAGAUGAAUGUUGAUACUAUGUGA